ACUCAACAGCCCAUUGUCCGGGGAUUGGUGCAGCAGCGCGGGCGGAUUCCUCUGUGGGGCUCGGUCUUCAAGGCUCGCGGAGAGCGAAUGUCGUCAUGAGCGAACAACAGGACAGUAUGGCCACCACUGUUGCUGUCAGUCCCAGUGAAUACCUUCAGCCUUCCACCGCUUCCGCACAAGACACACAGCCCUCUCCUCUGGCUCUCUUGGCUGCCACCUGUAGUAAAAUUGGCCCUCCGGCUGCUCAGGCUCCUGUAACCUCUCCUCCAGCACAGCCGCAGCCUCGCCGCCUCCUACCCAUAAAGCCGGCUCCUAUCGCCCCCGCUCCGCCUAAAAACCUGGGUUUCCUGUCAACCAAAGGCAAUGUGAUUCAGCUCCCUGCUGGCCUAGGCUCCACAAACCCUGGCAGUCCCAUUGUGCUCACCAUCCAGCAGAGCCCAGCACGCACCAACACUUCGGCACCCGCCAACAUUCAGUACCAGGUGGUGCCGCAGAUCCAGGGUGCCCAGACUAUCCAGGUGAUGCCACAGGGAGGUCAGAUCCAGCUCAUACCAGGCACCAACCAGGCCAUCAUCACCACUCCCAUGACUGUACCGGCCCCCGCAGCCGCCACCACUCCGGUCACGCCGCAGAAGACUGUAGCCAUCAAACCCUCCCCCAAGUUGCGCAAGCCAAACAACUCUACUGCGAACAUGGUGCAGCUACCCAGCGGGCUCACGCUGCCGCUCAAUGUGGCGACUGGAGAGGUUGGUGGGACUCAAAUCAUCACAGAGACGGCAGCUGCCCCACCCAUUCCAGGAAAGGGACGACGAGGGAGGAAGAAGAAAGCAGUUCUCGCUGUUCAGCCUCAACCUCCUCCCCCUCCACAGGCCGCCUCCCCACCCCCAGAGCAGAUGGAGACCAUCUUGAUAGAGGCUGGCGACAACAUCAUUCAGGCAGGUAACAACCUCUUGAUCGUACAGAGUCCUGGGCAGCCAGCUAUGGUUCAGCAGGUCCAGCUGGUCCAGUCCAAACCAGAGUCUCAGGUGGUUCAGAUCCCCCAGCAGGCCUUGAAGGUGGUGCAGGCCGCCUCCGCCACAUUACCGCCCGUCCCACAGAGACAGUCAGUCCCCUCAAGCCUGCAGGUCGCUCAGACAGAGCCAUCACCAACGCAGAUCCUCUUCAAAACAGCACUGGGUGAGUGGCAGUCCAUUCAGCUCCAGGACUCAGUUUCCACGACAACGACCCCCACCACUUCAGUUGCCACCACCACCACCUCGCCACCGGCCGGCGCCAAGAGGACGCUGGCGGGGGGGCGUAAGGAACGGACUCUGGCAAAAAUUGCUCCGGCGGGGGGGAUGAUAGCAUUGAAUACGUCGCAGCUCUCCUCAGCAGCUCAGGCGGUGCAGACGAUCAGCAUCAACGGGGUUCAAGUUCAGGGAGUUCCUGUCACCAUCACCAACGCAGGGGGCCAGCAGCACCUCACGGUCCAGACGAUGCAGGGUGGAGGGCUCCAGCUGGCAACAGCACAGGGCCAGCAGGCCAUCCAGGUAGACCAGACCCUCACCCUAGAGCUGCCCGGCCAGCCAGGGGAAAAGAAGCGACGUAUGGCUUGCACGUGCCCCAACUGUAAAGACGCAGACAAAAGACCCGGGGAGGCUGGGAAGAGGAAGCACAUCUGCCACGUACCUGGCUGUGAAAAGACGUUCCGAAAAACGUCGCUGCUCAGAGCUCAUGUCCGGCUGCACACUGGUGAAAGGCCCUUCGUCUGCAACUGGGUUUUCUGUGGGAAACGUUUCACACGCAGCGAUGAGCUGCAGCGACACGCCAGGACGCACACAGGAGACAAGCGCUUCGAAUGCAGCCAGUGUCAGAAACGCUUCAUGAGGAGUGACCACCUGACGAAGCAUUACAAGACUCACAUAAACACCAAGAACCUGUGAGCUGUCUGUAUACUGAGUGUAUACGCAAACAAACUCUCUUAAACUAAAGAAAGACUGUAUUAGAGGAAGGAGGGACAGAGGAAACGAUACCAAGGGAGUGUCUGUGACUUUAUCCCAUCAUGGGAAAUACUCCAAAAAAGUUCCUAUAUCCCCUCUCACUCCUCAAGGACACUGUAGCGUGGUGUACAAAGAAAACCUUCCUGGUGGACUUCAAACUGAUCCAGCAAAUUUAUUAAUAAUAGUUUAUCUUUGUUUUGUUUUGUUUUUCUCUGGUCUGAGCGGAGGCCAGUACCAGCUCCGACUGAACGUGUAAGAUGACGAGAUGGCGCGGCUUCAGAUGCAGAUGCUUAACUCUGCUUGCUUAUUUAUGAACUGCUCGGGGGGAAGAACAUACACAGAAUAAUUAAACAACAAAGACCACAGGACUCCUGUCAGAGUUCCCCUCUCUUUUGUUUAGUUUUUCUUCCCCAAAGUCCUGCUUGUUGUUUUAUUUUUUAUUUGUUUGUUGUGGAACAUUGGGAGCUCCUACAAACUGGCUGUCAGAAAAUGAAAAAAAAAUCAAUACCAUGUUUUGUAAAUUUAACAGAAAUUGUUUUACCACAGUUGGAUGGUAAUUUAAUUAGCUGUUUGUGUUUCAGCAAGAGUUUCUGCUGAUUUAAAAACCUGUACACCCAAAAUGAAGUUGGGGACCAACCCCCCCUACAAGACUUUUGAAAACCUUUAGAAGUUUACAUCGGCUAUUUUAAAAAGUGUGUAUAUGCAUACUAUUCUACAUAAUAUUAAUAAUGAUAAUAAACUAUUUAUAACAUUUUUCCAUACCAAUUGUUACAAAUUGAUUUACAGGUACAAGUAGGUAUGUAGAAAAAACUAAAUGACUAAAUGACAGGAGGCCUGAAAGAUUUUAUUACAUGCACAAGUUUGCUUUGAGGGUACUGAUUAGCCUAACCUGAGCUCUUCCAGCAGAGCAAUUCAAAGCCUGGCAUCUCUGAUGGCAAGGUUUUGGAUGCAGCCACUGCAGCUUCCAAGACCUUUGAACAAAACAGCAGCACUUCAGGCUGAGCUCAGGCCUGGAGGGGGUUUAACGUGCAGUUCAGGGCCAGGAGUCACUGUGCCUUAAAAGUUGUCAUUAAAAUUUUGAAAAUCAGUUUUUAAAAUAAAGAGGCAAAGUUUGUUGCUGACAUGUGAGUAGUUGGUGAAGCUGAAAAAUAUACAUACAGUUGUUGUUUGAAUGAAGAUUUUCUUGGAAAUACAGUUUGCUUAAACAGGGAAGCAGGACAAAUAUUGAAUAUAAUGUCACAGUCAAACUUGGUAAAGCUUAGUAAGGUUUAAGUAUUGUUUUGUGUCUUGUUGAUUGAGUUUUGUUGGCAGGAACGACAUUAUCAAGAGUUUUUUAUCAACAUCAGGUUAAUCUGAACACUCAAGGGUCUCUCAUUUUCAAACACUCAUUAUUAUUGUCAGAAUAACUGAUUAGGUUUAAUGUUACAAGGGCAAAUGUAAUUGGAGCAUAAUAAGGUGACCCAGGAUUGAUCCCUGUGGAACACCAAAUCUAAGUGUGUUUAAAUUUGACCUGUCUAUCAAUGUGAAAAGACUGUGAAUUGGUCAAGAUGAAGCAGGAUGUCACAUCUAUCUACUGCAAGGAGGAAGUUGUUAGUUACAUGUUAGAUGGCCGAAGUUCUUUAGAAAUGUUUACUAAAGGUGUGCAGGAAAUACUGUUAAAAACCAGAAAUGGGACCUGUAAUUAAUGAGAGGAUCCAGGUUUGUUUUUUUCUGUUCGACAGUUAAGUUGCUUUUAUCAGUAAGUCAUAUUUCAUAGACGUUUGUGGCAGACUGUACCACUAAUCUGUCCAAGGGUGAUGAUGAUUUCACACAUUAUUCUACCUAAAAAUCCAUGAUGUUUAGAGAAUCACUGCAAAAACUUUCAACUUUGGAGAGAACUACUUCUUUCCCUGUGUUGUCAAAUUUGAUGGGCAAAGAGGGCUCUUGAGUCCCCAGAUGCUAAGGAUUUAAUCCAGUGAAAUAUUCUGAUAACACGAGUUGAGUAAUAAACCAGAACCAAACUACAUAGCUGGUCAUCCCUUGUGGAUACCACGACAGGUACGCUUAUGUCUAUGGCUGGGUAUCACACAUAAAUACUUUUUCUGGUUCUGACUGGUACUGAAAUGUGUCCUGAGUAUUGAAGCUGUCAGAGAGUUGGCAUCGAAUGUUUCAGAUUCAUACUUUUAUCACAUAGCACCUAAUUUUUAGAUUCUCUAGCUUUAGACAUUUUUCUGUUAACGUAAAGUUUUUGAAUGAGAGUGUGUUUUUAGACAUUUAACGUUUAAUUUGAACACUUCUGUUAACCGAAAAUGUUUUCUUAUUAUGGAGUUUAUUUUAGAAAAACAUGUUUAUACUACUCAAAGUAAAUAUUUGGUACCUGUACCAAGUGACACCCAGCCCUAACUGCACAUUGUGUGCUAAUGAAUAAUAACUAAAUUCCAGGGUAACUCUGCUAUUCUGCUUUGCCUACAGUAUAAUUUUGAUUUGAUCAUUUGUAGCCUAUGCAUUGUUGUAUAUAUGAUCAGAUUUAAAUUUUUUUGGCCUGACUUGACAAUCACGUCUCGACAUGAAAAGAAAACAACCUUUCUCAGGCCUUUGAUCAGUUACUUUGUACAUGAUUCUUUCCAGCUAUAUGAUAGCUUUAAUUAAAACUUUUGUUGAUAUUCAGAUGACCAGCAUUAGGCCUACUGUACAGUAUUCACACAAGUUACUUUAAUAUCUUUUUUUUUUUUUUUUGCUUUACAAAAACGUACUGUUGCUCAUAUCAGUUUAGAUAUGCUGACCUUUCGCUAACAGGUCGUCAGUCAGUUUGAAGUCUGGUUGGUUUUGUACGGGAGUUCCUUCCAUUUAAGAAAUACAUCAACUUAUUGUUAAAUUAGCUUUUUUGGUCAAAUUAGUGUGGUGCCAUCAGACAGCAGGUAGCAGCUUCACCUCUGUGUCGAGUUUUCACUGUGGUGUGUUUUAAUACUGUGACAUACGUGUUUAAAGGAUGGUGCUGCCUUGCUAAAAAUAAUCCAACAAAGAAAUUUGACCAAAAAGCUAAAGUCACAUUUAUUUUAGAAGCACUUUGAACCAGUUCUCCUCCUCAAAGUGCUUCACAGGGGCGACAGAUAACGUAAAGCUUAGGUGGCCAACAUUUGGUGUAUUUUUUUCAAGAAUGUGUCUGAAGACAUGCAAUGCCAUUGGGAUGGACAGACAGAGCCUGCUCAUAUUUAUGUUUGUAUUUCAUGUCUCAAUAUGUAAAUACAGUGUGUGUCUGGUAGACACAGUAAAUGUAGGAUAUUAGAAAACAAAAGUUAAGCUGCCUAGUGUUGUGGUUGGCACGGCCAUCCCUGAAGGAAGUGGAAUUUGUACAGUGUGUAAGGAAUAAAAUAUAAUGUGACAUUGUAUAGCUUCAUUCCUGCUUUGUAUAAGACUUCUAGAUCUUUUUUCUAUUGAAUUAAAGAUGCCUUAGACAGCUGCGCCCAGUAUUUAAAGAUGUUCUUUUUUUCUGUCUAAUUCCAGGUAACAACAUUUGUAAAAUUCCUUUCCUUUUGUGUUUUUAACUUAUGUUACAUGCUAAUGUAAUGUGCACUGAUUUAAAAUCCCAGGUUGCAGAAUUUGUAAAUUAAAUCUUGAUUGUAAUUAAAUAUAUUGAGAUUUUCCAAAUUAAGACAUUUCUAUUGCUUGGUUUCUAUGAAUUUAAAUGCUUCUCCUUCUCCAAGCCUAUAUGUCAUAUAAUGUUCUGCAGCCAACUGUUGUGUUUAUCAGGAGAACCCAGAGAACCAGCAAUUUAUUUUAUAACUAUAAAGGUGCUAAAACCUAAAAGUUUGCUCCUUUUCUACAGUCACCCCCUCAAUAAAGAACUCAAACUGCC